AUGUAUCCCAACGGCAGGAAACCAGCAGCGGAGAGUCAAAUCAUAUCAGCGGAGAUCGUCUCGGGGCUUUUGCUGACCGUUUUAUACCGGAUCAUUUCCAAGAAUAUUUUUCCACUGGUGGGACUGGGCCAGAUUCGGCUGGAUGGAGAGCCCUUUGAAAUGACGCGCUCCCUCGUGUGCGUGUGGUUCGCCAGCAACGUGAAGUUCCUGCUCUUCAGAAACAGCAAGGCGGCGUCCCUGACCGCCCACUCCACCUCCAGACUCGUAGCGUCACUUGCACUUCUCUUCGGCACCUGCUGGGGUGGUGGAGUCUUCGGAACGUCCUCAAACCAGGUGCCCGUGUUGGACCUGGUGGUGUUCUGCAGUUUCGUGGUGAGCAGCUUCACCCUGAUGGCACUGGACCAGGGGCAGGAGCAGGGGCAGGCGCGGCAGGCGCGGGCGGGGGGCAUCAUGGGGGGCAUCUUCGUGGGGGGCAUCUUCGUGGGUGGCGAUGCCCAGCGCUUCUUCCUCAACGUGGACUUCUGCGCCACGCUGCUCUUCGGCCUGCUCUGGCUCGUCUUCCCUGAUUGGCUACUCGGCAGCCAGUACGUGAGUGUGUGCGGUGCGGACGACCUGCCCCUGCCCCUCCACCUGACCCGGGCGUUCGGCGCCAUGAUGGUCGGGGACAGCUUUGUGGCGCUCACCUCACCCAGCACACACCUGGGCAAAGACCGCGCGUCACUCUUCAGCAGCAGAGCUGUGGCUACGCUGGUGCUGCUGUCCUACCUGCUGCACUCCCACCUGGUGCUGGCCUCCUGGUCCUCGGGCCGGGUGUGGGUGGGGGUGCUGGGCGCCGGCCUCUGGGCAGGGAACUCUGUGCUGGGGUACCUCGCCUCCAGGAGACCCCCGCAACACACACACCAGCGCUCCGCACAGAGAGCCUAGGAAUAUAGCAGUGUGUGUGUGUGUGUGUGUGUGUGUUGGGCCAGGAGGAACUCCGCUCAGAGAGCCUAGGAACAA